GAGGUGCUUGCGAAAGAAGGCAGUUUGAUCAGGCCGCAGGACAUUGCAAACUGCACCUGGGCUUUUGCAUCUUCAGGGCAUUCACACCCGGACAUUUUCUCAGGUCUUAGCACCUUUGCCAUGGAGCGGCUUCACGAAUUUCAGCCUGAACAGGUUGCAUUAUUGGUGUGGGCAUUUUCCUCCGUGCGUUGCAGAUCGGAGGACUUGUUCGAGGCCGUGCAAAAUCAUGUGGCGAUAAGUGAGGCGAAACGUCGCCCAAAAUCCUGCCGUUCGUCUGACCGUAGACGAGGUUUGUCGAAUGUGUUGCAAGCCUUUGCUUUGGUGGGUCACCGCGGAAGCCAAGUGAUCCUGGAGGCCACAGCUGAGUACAUCUUGGCCAACCUGAAAGCUUACUCGCCCAAGGCUCUCUCCAAAAUUAUUUUCACCAUCAGCCAGACACGUGGAUAUGUCAACCUUGCCCUCCAAAACGCCCUGGCGGAAGCAUUUGUGAGUUCUAUGGAUGGCAUGACUGCGUCCCUUCUAACAGCCACCCUGAUGGCUUUCUCCAAGGUGAAGCUGGAUGAUGCAACGUUUUUUCGAAGAGCGGCUGAGAAGGUCGCUCCAGUUCUUGCAGACUUUGACUCUUCAGGCUUCGUUCGACUAACGAAAGUUUUUGCGCAAGCAGGGAUUGAUCAAAGCUUUGCACAGGAGAUCACAGAAGAGGCACUGGAACGAAUCCCGACUCUUCGAGCAUUUGAGCUGGUGAUACUCGCCAAGGCAAUGCUCGGGAUGAGUCAAGCAUCGCCCCAUUUGCUGGAGAGAAUAGCUGAACAUGGAAGCAGCGUGCUUCCGCAAAUGUCGCAAAAGGAGCUGGCGAGUUUUAUUCGGUCCCUCAGUGGCCUGGGCUUGACGUCGGCGUCGAUCACUGGGGAAGCGAUCUUCAAGCAGGCGGCCAUCAAGGCUACACGCCACCUCAUGACCCGAAAGGAAGACCGCAGGUCCAAGACGUCCGACUUGGCCUGUUUGUCCCGCGCCUUCGCCCGUGCUGCCUAUGCCACCGGGCCAGUGGCAGACAAGUUCCAGGCGGCUGGCUCUGAGCCGCCAUCUGAGCUGUUGGAGGUGAUCCGCAACUUUUUGAAAGCGGCUGUGAAGGAGGCCCAUGCUCACCUCGAUGAGUUCCGAGCAUCACCUUCGUGCUUGGUGGGUGUCCUUUGGGCCGCAUCACAAUGUGGAGUUCCCUGUGACGCACUGACACAGGUGGCCAAGGCAGUCCUACUUCCGCCAGACGCAGGAGGCUGUGACACGCACGUGCAGCGGCUCCAGCUGCUUGAAUUGGCGGAGCUGGCACAGGCUCUGACAUCUCUGGGUGUCGAUGCACCGGAGCUGUACCGGGCCAUUUCGGAUAAGGCGAUGCAAUGUCUUCAGGCGAUGUCGCGAAUCAUCAAGAGACUUGUGCUGGUGGACGACGGUGACGGUGAUGAUUAUCUUUUACCACUGCGAAUUGGCGAAGAGUUAACCUUGACUGGUUCACUGGACAUUCGAGUUCUGCGCGGGGCUGCAGAGGUCUGGGGCUCUCGACUCUCCCAUGAAUUUCAGCGCAUUGUUGUCCCUCCAUGGUCGGCGACACCAAGACUUCUGGCACUUCGAUCGUCCAAUGAGGUGGAAAUGGAGAAGGAAACAGCAGAAGUCCGCGCUUUUCUGGAAGCCCGGAAAUGGCCCGUGGUUCUGUGCUUGCGACGAGCCACCGGUGCCGGUCACGCGAAUCGUCCAAGUGAUCCGAAGGAACGCCUGGAAUCCAUGAGAGAAGUUCUUGUUCCGCCAGAUGCCAGGCCGAGACUUCGCGCACAUCGUGCAUGGCCCAGCAUUGUGCAACACUUCGUGGAUCAUUGUCUUCACAGCUCCAGUCCAGAAAGCCCUGCAGUUUUGCUGGUCAUGGGAGCCAAAGGAACUGAUCUGGGACAGCCUGAGUUGGGACCCCCUGGAGUUGUCACCUUGCAUCGAAUCCGCUGCCCGAUGCUCCAAGUGCCACACUCGGAACAGCACCGCCAUGAAAGAAUUCAAGCCUUCUUUGCUGGUGCGGCCACUCCGGCCACCCAUCCGGCCCUGUACACUGCAUCAGUGGCCGCCGCCUUCGAUGCCUACUGCGAGAUGAUCAGAGAGGAUGUCACGCCUGCACCUCUGUUGGUGAACUCUCACGGCUGGGUCACAGGAUUGGGCCUUGAAAUGCUUCAGCAGAUUGUUGCUACCGUUGGAGCACAGCUGGUGGUACGCCUUCAAACUGAUCCAGUCAAAAGGUCACGAGGUGAAACUGCCGCUGAAAACGAGUCGAAACCUGAAGAAAAGAAGGCCUUCAGCAGGCUCCAGCGAAGUGUUUUGGCCAGAUGCGGCCCACUGGCGAGAGGCUUGGCACGGCACAAGCGGGGACCAGAUGGACAGCCCAUUGUGAAUCCUGAGGCACCCUUAGUUCUUGUGGAUGUGGAAUCUGCUGUUCCUCGUGGCAGUACGGCUCCUUUGGCUGUGCAACUGCGAUGGCUCAGAAUGGCUGGGCAUUUCAAGCCGGACUUGGAUCCGUGUCGACAUGCCACCGCUAUGGCCAUGCAGGAUUUUUUCGCCACGGUGCCACGAUGGCGAGUCCAAAUGAAGUUUCUACACUUCGGACUGGUGGCAGGACAUUUGCUGCACUCAGAAGUGGAAGCUACGCUGACUGGCACAGUGGUUGCACUUUGUGAAGCAGACUUAAAAACAAGCCCGAAGGAAGUGAGCUGCACUGCAGAUUUGCAGCUCUUGGAGCCGCAUGAAUCUCCCAUUAAAUUCCUGGCCUAUGCUUUUGUCCAUUCCUUUGACUUUAAGUCUGGCGAAAUUGUGAUUUAUUCAAAUAUCUCUGCACAGCAGCUGGCACGUGUGAACUUGGCGUUGCGCGGGGAAGUGACGUGGGAGCCGAACAGCACGCGAAAUCUACAGCUGGCUGAUGGUCGUCCAAGUCCACUUCAGCCAUAUUCCGCACCGUGGUUGCUGGAAGGUAUGGGCGUUGGCACUCGUGUGAUCAGCACCAAAGCGAAGGGCAACCUGCGGCAAGUCGGACCUAAGGCCGGAACAAAAGCGAAGGCAGCCGAAGAGCAAUUGGUUCCAGCAUCCGAACUCCUUCGCUUCCUUGCCACUGCAGGGUUGCUGGCAUCGGCAUUAGCAAGGACAACUUCCGAAAAGGUUGUCCGGAUGUUGGCGGAAGCAGAUGCAGGGAAGGCGAAGAUUCCAGUACUUCGCUCAGUCGUGGCAUGGGUGAUCGCCCGCUGCAUUGCUGGCCUGGCUCUGGCAGUUCCUGCCGAGCCGGUGAUCGCUGCCCUCAAAGUCCUGGCCGCUGCCGCUGCCGCGCGGGUGGUGGAGCUGUUGCCUGAGGAACGGGCAUUGAUUUUCUGGAGUCUGAGCCUCCAUGGUUGUUAUGAGGCAAUCUUUGAUUCCAUGUUGGAACAAACACCUUGGACAGUGUGGGCAGCAAAGCCCCAGGCGGGGAUGGACCGGAUGGACGGUGUUUUUUCUGCAGAGGCUGCCGACAAAUUUCUAGUGGUUCAGGAGGAAUUUCUUGUGAGCGAGAAUGGCAUCAUCCCCAGCGGAAAGCUCAUGGCCCUUUGCCAGGUUCACUUAGCAGACUUGGCCUUGCAGCUCGAGGGUGGGCGAGGCAAUAGAAAGGGUCUCUCACAGGCACAGAGGCGAGACAACGGGCGCCCAAAAGAUGGCCAGAAAUUGGGGAAGCUUUUCACUGAAAGGCAGGCAAAAUCCAAAAUGGACAAUUCGAGGUCGAACAAAAAACAGGUUAUCAACUAUCAAUUACUGUAUUCAUAUCUCUUUUGA